UAAAGAGACAAAAAAAAUAAAAUUUUAUAAUUUGUAAUUUAUAAAAUAUUAUUUUAAUUUGGAUAAAUUGAUAUUGUACUGACGAUGUACUGAGGAGGGUGAAGAGGAGACUGAGAAAAGGAUCGAGAUAAUUAAGCGGUUAUUUUUUAAAUGAGUGCGAGCAAACGCCGGAAAAUAUCGUCGUCAUGGGAAGUGAGAGAUGGCCCGAUAACGAGAUCGAGGAGCUACACGCUGGAGACUUUGGACACCCUGCCGCCGGAAGUACUGGAGAUGGUUUUCAAAUUUUUGCCCUGUCAAGUUGUCGCUACAUCAGCGCGUCUUGUGUCCAGACAAUGUCAAUUAGUAGCGACGUCAGUUCUAAACGGAACAUUUUUUUCCGCGGGUUGUCGCCUAGAAUCGGUGAUGACAAGAACGGAAUCAAAAAUAAUCCACCUGAAGAACGAGACCGACAUCCUAGUCCACAGUCGCGCGUUCAAUAUCCUGGAGAUGAUCCGCACCCAGUACAAAAUGCUGCGUGCCGUGACCUGGCGCUACACUCACCCACCGCGGCCCGAAAAAUUUCCACGUCUAUGCUUCUAUGCCGGGAGUCUCCUCGACGAGCUGAACAACCUCCUGUACCUCGCCAACGUCCGACCCGCGGCACUGAUCGGCCCCAACGGACCAGAUACAAUAGUAACCGGGUUCUUCGCCCUUUGCAAACGUUUCAUGAACUAUUUCGAGAAGGUCUCGGAGCGCAAACUCAACAGAUCGGCGCUGAUAUCCGGUUGCAAAGCCAUCGACAUCCUGGACUGCCUCGCAGAGGGACGUCAGGUGAUAGGAUUCCGUUUGACAACAGGACGCGGGAACCGCGGGAAUAUUCUCUGCAUGCAACUCCGGUACGUGAUGCGCCGCGCAUGGUUCACGUGUCUCCAGGUCCCACGUGCCGUGGACGAGACUUCCUGGCGCGACGAGCAACGAUUCAUGCAUCUGAGAUUGAGACGGCUGGUCGGCAGUGUCAACGAACAUCACUACGAAACCCUUCACUACCAAAGAGAAAUGAUGCUCCGCGACCGGGAAAUGCCCCUACUCCGACCUCCCCUGCCCUCGACUUACUCCGGCUACGGGGAGUACGGAGGUCAGUUCUUUUACUACGGUAAUAUGAACAGAUAUGCGUUUGCUAAUAAGUUCAAUAGGACACCCGAGUCCGAGGACUACGAAGCUGACGACCGACAAAACGCACGAGCUAUUCCCAAGUUUGACCUGACUGUCUCUGUUGAUCUUCGCUGCUCUCCGGAACUGGCUCCUCUCGCGGUCAGGUCGAUUCUGAAGAGCGACGAUGUUGACCAUCAAAUUGCUUCGCAUAAUCCAGAAAUUUAUAUGAAAAUGAAGGUCACCUGUCCGGGUUCCGCUGCCAACAGACUUCCCGGUAAUUUUAUUUGGGAACAAAAAGCUACGAGACGCCCUCAGAUUUAUUGAUUUAUAUAUUUUUUUUAUGUUUAAUAUUCUCGAGUAGUAAAAUUUAAAUAGAUUUUUUUUAUUGUUUUUUUUGAAAAAUUUUUAAAUGACAAAUAAAAUAUUUUUUUUUAUAAAAUUGUUUUUAUGACAGGAAAAAUUUGAAAAUUUUAAAAUAAUUUUUUUUAUAAAUAAAUUUACUGAAACUAAAUUUUUUACAAACGACUGAAAGUUUCGAUGCAAAAAACUUCAAGAAAAUUUUAAUAAAUUUUCAAAGUUGAACCAAAUGCCAUUCCCUCAAUUGAUUUACGAUUGUUUUUUUUUCUUCAUUAAUUAGUAUUUUAAUUAUUUUAUUCUUUAAAAUUACUACUCGAGAUUUUCUGAAUUUUAAAAUAAA